AUGGUUGCUGAGUGGUCAGUUGGGCUUUUCGACUGCUUUGGGGAUUUCCGCACCUGUUGCUUGACUUUCUGGUGCCCCUGUGUUACCUUUGGUCGUCUUGCUGGGAUUGUGGACAAAGGCUCCCCAUCAUGCUGCAUGAAUGGGACCCUGUAUGUUUGCCUGGCUUGCGUAGGCUGCAACUGGUUGUAUUCUUGUACCAAACGCUCGGCGAUGCGGUCGCAAUACAACUUGAAAGCAUCGCCCUGCAUGGACUGCUGUGUCCACUUCUUCUGUGAGAGUUGCGCGCUAUGCCAAGAGUACAAGGAGAUGGAAAACCGUGGCUUCAACAUGGCCAAAGGAUGGGAAGGUAGCAACAAGAUGGUGGGGUGUGUGCAAGGCAUGAAAGCACCUGGGAAGCAAGGGAUGUGUUUCUAG